AUGUGGCGGUGACGGAGCCCAGCCCGGGGAUCCCUCAAUUCAUGAUCAUGGGAUACGUGGAUGGGAUCCCCUUCCAGCGCUAUGACAGCGAGAGGCGCCGGAUGGAGCCACUGACGCCGUGGAUGGCGGCCGGAGCCGAGCCGGGAUAUUGGGAUAGACAGACCCAGAUCAGCGAGAAGACCCGACUCGUUGAUGCCGAGAACCUGGAGAUAGCACGGGGCCGGUACAACUGGAGUGGGGGUCUCCACACGCUGCAGCGGCUUUAUGGCUGUGACCUCCUGUCCGACGGGAGCGUCCGUGGAUCCCAUCAGGACGGUAUCGACGGGCGGGAUUUCAUCUCCUUCGAGCUGGGAUCCGGGAGCUUCGUGGUGGCCGAUGGAGCUGCCCAGCCCACCAAGAGGAAAUGGGAAUCUGAUGGGAUCACGGUGGACUACUGGAUACAUUACCUGGAGAACAUCUGUCCGGAAUGGCUCUGGAAAUAUGUUGGAUAUGGGAGGGAGGUGCUGGAGCGCAAAGAGCCCCCCGAUGUCCACGUGUCCGGGAAAGAGGAACACGGGAUCCUGACGUUGUCCUGCCACGCGUACGGAUUCUACCCCGGGACGAUCGGGAUCAACUGGCUGAAGGGGGAUGAACUGCGGGAUCAG